AUGUACACUCAUCAAGAUCUACCAAAGCACGACUUUAUGAUGGUAAAACCACCACGAUCUGAAGCAGAUUUUCACGCCGAAUAUGAUCCAUCAAUCGGUUAUGGAACGGCUUUUAUACUCCUCUUAUUUUUCUUCUUGAUAACUAUCAAAGGAAUUGUUAAAUGGGCAAUCAUGAAAGCUAUGAACGUGAAUGAGCGACAAGAGGAGAUUUUGGCAAAAAAAAAGGUUUUGUGCGGAACUCCGCUGCAGAGCAUAGUCAUCGAGGGUAACGUUCUCAAUCAGAAG